AUAUGCGUAUUCUUUUCUCUUCUUUUUUUGGCGCACUUUUUUUUAUUUCUCUUUUUUAUUAAGCACUUUAGAUUUGAUUCCAUGCUUUUUCAUUUUGCAGUGAGCACUUUACAUUUGGUUAAAUUCGGUAUAUAUGAAGCCAGUCGGAUUGUGGAAUAUAGAUAAGUUGUGGCAAUAACCUUGAUGGGAAGCUUCAAAACUACCCAAUUACCUUCACCCCAAAUGACUGAGGAAUCUGAUCAAGAAAUUGAGGAAUUACUUCUUUCUCUUCCGAAAGAGAAAGGAUGGUUAGCUGGCGGCCUAUUUCUCUACCAAGGCUGUUGGUAUCCAUCCAGGAUUCUUGGUAACGUGAUCGCCUUUCAACGACAUUUCCAAGCUCAGGAUCAUGAUAUUAUCCUUGCCUCUAGGCCAAAAUCAGGCACAACUUGGCUUAAGGCCUUGAUAUUCUCCAUUGUUAAUCGUUCUCAUUAUACAAAUGCAACAAGUCCAUUGCUUACUACAAAUCCUCAUGAACUUGUACCCUUCAUCGAGUUCACUCUCUAUGGUGAAAAGGAGCUUCCGGAUCUUACUUGUAUUCAAUCUCCGAGGCUUUUCUCUACUCACAUUCCUUAUGUGUCUUUACCGGUAUCCAUCAAGGAGUGUAAUAGUACCCGAAUUGUUUAUAUUUGCCGAAAUCCUUUUGAUGUUGUAGUUUCCUCUUGGCAUUUUGCAGCUCGAGCUCGGACUAGCUUGGAAAGGUCAAUGGAGUACUUAGUUGAUAACUUCUGCAAAGGGAUUGAAGGCUUCGGGUCGUUUUGGGACCAUGUGCUAGGGUAUUGGAGAGAGAGCUUGGACAAUCCGCACAAAGUUUUGUUUUUAAAGUAUGAGGACUUGAAAGAAGACAAAUUUUCCUUGAAGAGGUUGGCAGAGUUCAUAGGAUUUCCCUUUCCAAUGGAGGAAGAGAAAGAAGGGGUGAUCGAAGAAAUUUCCAAACUAUGUAGUUUGAGCAGCUUGAAAGAUUUGGAGGUGAACAAAACUGGAAAAUUCAUGCCAAACUUUGAGAAUAAGUGCUAUUUCAGGAAUGGUAAGGUAGGUGAUUGGGUCAAUCACCUUACUCCUUCUAUGGUAGAACGUUUGGAAAAGGUGAUCGAAGAGAAAUUAGGAGGAUCUGGCUUGAGCUUCCAAGCAUCCACAGGACUGAUCAGUUCAUCCUCAUUAGAUCCCAAUAUGCCUCAUAUUCAAAACAAAUGAAUGAGAAUCUUGUGCUUAGCCUUUCCUUCACAAAAUCUUUGUAAUUUCAUUUGCUUGCUGAAGUUUGUUUGAUUGGCAAUGGAAUAAAUACCGUCUGCUCAAUUUGUAUUACCACAA